AUUUAUGACUGACUUUGAACAUCACGGUAUCAUGGCAGAACCUUCGUCGACAGAUGCAGGGCCUUCCGCAUCAUCAAGUCAAAAUGCAUCGACCUCGACUGACCAAGCGGAGAAGACUCCAGUGGUCAUUCUCUGCAUAGGCAUGGCAGGGUCUGGCAAGACGACCCUCAUGCAGCGAUUGAACUCUCAUCUACACUCCAGAAACACUCCUCCUUACAUUCUCAACCUCGAUCCUGCCGUUUCCCAUAUGCCAUACUCGGCAAACAUAGACAUCAGAGAUACGGUAGAUUACAAAGAGGUGAUGAAGCAGUACAACCUCGGUCCGAACGGUGGCAUUCUGACGGCUUUGAAUCUCUUUACGACCAAAUUUGAUCAAGUCUUGGCUUUCGUCGAGAAGAGAGCUGCGAGUGUCGACUACGUCUUGGUCGAUACACCGGGUCAGAUUGAGAUUUUCACCUGGUCAGCUUCUGGAUCCAUCAUCACCGAUGCCAUUGCUUCCUCGUUACCUACCGUUGUGGCGUAUAUAAUCGACACGCCUCGCACGACAGCACCCGCGACGUUUAUGAGCAACAUGCUCUACGCCUGCUCCAUCCUUUAUAAGACACGACUCCCCUUCAUUCUCGUCUUUAACAAGAUUGAUGUCGAGCCCCAUGAUUUUGCUAUUGAAUGGAUGCACGACUUCCAAGCAUAUCAGGCCGCCUUGGAUGAGAAGGGCAGGGAUGAGCAGGGAGAGAUGGCGUACACCAGCAGUCUAAUGUCCAGUAUGAGUCUGGUAUUGGACGAGUUCUACAACAAUCUGAGGGCGGUGGGAGUCAGCGCGAUGACCGGAGAGGGCAUGAAGGAUUUCUUCAGUGCCGUUGAAGAGGCGAAGAAGGAGUACGAGACUGACUACAAGCCUGAAUUGGCCCGACUCGCAGAAGAGCGGAAAGCAAAGGCGGAGGAAGAGAAGAAGAAUCAGCUGGAAAAGGUGAUGAGGGAUAUGACUAUGUCUGAAGGGGCCGCAUCUCGGCGGAAGAAUCCGUUCGGACCUCAUCCCCGCAAUGAGCGAGAAGACCGGUAUUUGGACGACGAGGGCGAUGACAUUGAUUCCGAAGAGGAGAGGGAGAUUCAGAGACAGAUGGAGGAAGAAGAAGAGAUGGAGCAUGCGGAGGAUCUCGACGCCGGUGACAUGGCCGAGCCAGAGCCCGGAGCUGGUGGCGUGGCAGGAGUCCAGAGCCAAAGUCGCACAGGAAUGAGUUGGCCAACACCAAGGUGACGCGUGUAACGAUUCAUUAUAA